AUGGCUCCCUCACCUUCGCCGAAACCAUCUUCGAAAAAACGGAGGAGCACUGCAUCCGUCCACGCCAAAGAAGUUGCAUCAUCAAGCCUGCUGACAGCAAAUCCACCUCUUCGCUCCUCAUCACGCCUUAGAGAGAAGAGACAGCAAGCGGCGGCCGCCGCCAAAGCAGAAGCAAAAAGCGUUGAAGCUACCGGCUCUAUGACCAGGAACGACAAGAAGAAAACGAAUCCGAUGACUGACAAAAAAGCUCCCAAGAAGAAGUCCGCGAUUCCCAAGACCAAAACGAAGCCGGAGCCGGAGGUGUCCGCCAAGCCUGCUGCUGCUCCUCCUCCCAAGGCGGCCUCCAUCGAGUCCAACUUUGAUUCCGCCUCUGAGUCCGACUCCUCCUCCACGAAGAAGAAAUCGGCGUCCAAGAAAAAGAAGACGAAGCCUCGGAAAAAGAAGGCCAAAAAAGAGCGGGAACGUUGGCCUGGAAAGAGGAAGUUGGAUUGGUAUAUGACGGACCCUGUGUACUGGUAA